UGAAAGCAUCGACUGUUAAAUCAAUGUUAUAAGAUUACACAGAUGAUUUGCCUGUAUCAGUUAAGGUCAUGAAAGAAGUGGUAGGAGAUGUAUCAGAUUCUUAUGGUUUUGCAAUUGGCUCUUGGAUUUACGAUACCAAUGAUAAGGAUGAACCUGUGAUCUUUUCAAGUUCUGGUGUGCAUGGAUUUGAAAAUUGGAUUGACAUUGAAAAUGGAUAUUUGUGCAUAUUCUUCCUAAGAGCAGAUGUUGAAAAAGAACCAUAAAUUUCAGAACUUAGUGAAUCCAUGAGACCUGAAAUUUUGGAAUUCUACUUGAAUGAGAGUAAAUAAAAAAAGAAUUGA